CGAGGAACUAAAUUCAGGGAACAUGGCGACGUCUAAUUUGCUAAAGAACAAAGGCUCCCUCCAGUUCGAGGACAAGUGGGACUUGAUGCGUCCCAUCGUCCUCAAGCUGCUCCGCCAAGAGUCAGUCACCAAACAGCAGUGGUUCGACCUCUUCUCAGAUGUCCAUGCAGUAUGCCUAUGGGAUGACAAGGGGCCGGCCAAGAUUCACCAGGCCCUGAAAGAGGACAUCCUAGACUUCAUCAAGCAAGCACAAGCAGUGGGAAAGGGCAGUGUGGAGUGCGAUGGAGAUUGCGCCAUCUGUGGAUCUGUUGGGGCGGUAUGCGAAUUGGAGUGGGUCCAAGUGCUACGUGGCGGUAGUCACCUUCGCUUUCUUGGGCACAGGGACUAUGGUGGUCUGCUUGAAACAUCGGGUGUUGAGCCACCAGGAUGACACGGCACUGCUGAAGGCCUACAUCGUUGAGUGGAGGAAGUUCUUCACGCAGUGUGACAUCCUGCCCAAACCCUUCUGCCAGCUGGAGAUUACGCUCAUGGGAAAACAGGGCAGCAACAAGAAGUCUAACGUAGAGGACAGCAUUGUACGGAAGCUCAUGCUGGACACGUGGAACGAGUCCAUCUUCUCCAACAUCAAGAAUAGGCUCCAGGACAGCGCCAUGAAGCUGGUGCAUGCCGAGCGCCUGGGGGAGGCCUUCGACUCUCAGCUGGUCAUUGGUGUCAGGGAGUCUUAUGUGAACCUGUGCUCAAACACGGACGACAAGUUGCAGAUUUACAGAGAGAACUUUGAGAAGGCCUACAUGGACUCCACCGAGAGGUUCUACAGAACACAGGCCCCCUCCUACCUGCAGCAGAACGGAGUCCAGAACUACAUGAAAUACGCAGACGCCAAGUUGAGAGAGGAGGAGAAACGGGCGCUGCGCUACUUGGAGACGAGGCGGGAAUGUAACUCUGUACAAGCACUGAUGGAGUGUUGCGUGAACGCCCUGGUGACGUCCUUUAAGGAGACCAUCUUGGCCGAGUGUCCAGGCAUGAUCAAGCAAAACGAGACAGAGAGUGAGUACGGCCGGAGCGCUCCUGGCACCAAAGGCUCGGCCAGCUCAGAGCUCCACCUCAUGUUCUCUUUGAUGGACAAGGUGCCCAGUGGCAUCGAACCCAUGCUGAAUGACCUAGAGGACCACAUCAUGUCUGCUGGGCUGGCCGACAUGAUGGCCUCCGCCGAGACCAUCACCUCGGACUCUGAGAAGUACGUGGAGCAGCUCCUCACCCUGUUCAACCGCUUCAGUAAACUGGUGAAGGAUGCCUUUCAGGACGACCCUCGCUUCCUCACAGCCAGGGACAAGGCUUACAAAGCAGUUGUGAACGACGCUACCAUUUUUAAAUUGGAACUACCGCUGAAGCAGAAAGGUCUGUCUGUCAGGGUGGGUCUGAAGACCCAGCCGGAGUCAAAGUGUCCAGAACUGCUGGCCAACUACUGUGACAUGCUGCUGAGGAAAACCCCGCUCAGCAAGAAACUCACCUCCGAGGAGAUCGAGGCCAAGCUCAAGGAAGUGGUACGUGGAUGGGAGUUGCUGGUGUUGAAGUAUGUGCAGAACAAAGACGUGUUCAUGCGCUACCACAAAGCCCAUCUGACACGACGCCUCAUCCUGGACAUCUCCGCCGACAGUGAAACCGAGGAGAACAUGGUGGAGUGGCUCAGGGAAGUAGGCAUGCCUGCAGACUACGUGAAUAAGCUGGCCCGGAUGUUCCAGGACAUCAAGGUGUCCGAGGAUCUCAACCAGAACUUCAAAGAGUGUCACAAAUACAACAAGCUGGCCCUAUCAGGUAAACCAGCGGACUCUGUCAACAUCAAGAUCCUGAAUGCCGGGGCGUGGUCUCGAAGCUCAGAGAAGGUGUUUGUGUCACUGCCCACUGAGCUGGAGGAUCUGAUCCCCGAGGUGGAGGACUUCUACAAGAAGAACCACAGCGGCAGGAAACUGCACUGGCACCACCUCAUGUCCAAUGGCAUUAUCACAUUUAAGAACGAAGUGGGACAGUACGACCUGGAGGUGACCACCUUCCAGCUGGCCGUGCUGUUUGCCUGGAACCAGAGGCCCCGGGAGAGGAUCAGCUUUGAGAACCUCAAGCUGGCCACGGAGCUGCCUGACGCUGAGCUCCGACGCACCCUAUGGUCCCUGGUAGCGUUCCCCAAGCUAAAGCGGCAGGUGUUGUUCUACGACCCCGUGGUGGGCUCGCCCAAAGACUUUGCUGAGGGCACACUCUUCUACGUCAACCAGGAGUUCUCACUAAUAAAAAACUCCAAGGUCCAAAAGAGGGGGAAGAUCAACCUGAUUGGCCGGCUUCAGCUCACCACAGAGCGAAUGAGGGAGGAGGAGAAUGAGGGAAUUGUCCAGCUCAGGAUAUUGAGAACGCAGGAGGCCAUCAUCCAGAUCAUGAAGAUGAGGAAGAGGAUCACCAACGCCCAGCUGCAGACGGAGCUGGUGGAGAUCCUCAAAAACAUGUUCCUACCCCAGAAGAAGAUGAUCAAGGAGCAGAUGGAGUGGCUCAUCGAGCACAAGUACAUCAAGCGCGACGAGACUGAUCUCAACACCUUCCUCUACAUGGCGUAGCGGUGUUGACAACGUGUAACUGUGGUGACAACGUGUAACUGUGGUGACUUUGGGGGUUCUUCAUCAGGCCUGAUGGACAAUAGAAUAUUUUUAGGCCCGACCUUCUUUGGAAAAAAAUAUCUUUGGUUCGUGAGGGUUCAAGCCUGAUGGACAAUAGAAUAUUUCCAGGCUGACCUCCCUUUGAUAAACAAAUGAUCUGUUGCAUGGGGAAAUGCAGACUUGAUUUAUGACAGAGUUACAGAAAUGUAUAAAAGGAGGAGUUUGCGUGGGGAAAUUAAAGGGUAAGAAAGAAAAUGAGUUUGAGCUUCUCAGCGGGAGUCGACACCCACUGAGUUUUCAGUUGUCGUUUUUGGCUAGAAGGCGUUUCCUAGUCUGUAGACGGGACAUGGUUGGUGGUUGUGAAAGGUCUCUGUUGCAAUGCGUCCUCCUCCCUGUCGACAAACCACCACACAAACCACACCCCCUCUCCCACCCCAUCCAUGAACACCCCACCACCAUUGGAGUACCAUUGGUUGGUGGUGGGUAUCUCUAACGACAUGGCAAGAAAUAGGAAAAGCGUUAGAAGAAGCUCCGUUUCCCUCCAUAUCUAAAGUCCAAGUUUUGAGCCAGGCCAACACUAUUCACCGGACCUCUUCAACAGAACGAGUUGUGUCCCCUGGAAGCUGUCUGUGGCCACUGGUGGUGACAAACAAAGCACUAAAGACAAUGACUCUCUCUGCUGUCACAUAUGUGACGCCGUUCUUGGACAUUCAGGGUUGGUUUCCCAGGCCCAGACUAAGACUAGUCCUGGGUUUAAAAAAUAUUUCUCAAUAGAUUAUCUCCAUUGAAAGUGCACUUUAGUCCAGAACGAGGCUUAUCCUGGGUCGGGGAAACCUUCUCAACAGUAUGUUAUAUUUCAGAAACUGUUUUCACAAAAGAGACAGAUUGUGGACUAUUAGUUCCCAGUUCCAAAUCGACCCCAAGCAUUCUACCCCGAUAGACUUGAUGGAGCUCUAUCAGAAGGCAAGGUGGAGUCAUCACCAUAUUGGUGGUCGCUCGUAUUCAAUCUCUUCAGAUCUACAGGAAGAGUUUAAGCAUAGCUGUUAGCGGUCGUUUUAGAAUUAGGCCAAUGUCACCCUUUCCGGAUCUUUACCCCUCAUCUCUGCAGGCUGCCUGAGCUAAGCAUCUGGGGGAAGAGGGGUCCGUGUGUAUUAUAUGGUAAUAACUACCUCUGAUCCAGAGCGUUUAAGUACAGCUUGCUGAUGCUGAACUUGCACGGCAUUAGCAAGUCACACAUAAACACCCUGGACCAGAGCUAGGCAAUAGCCAGAACCAUAUAUAAAGUUUUGUUUAUAUAUAACCCUCUGACGGUAACUACUACAAUACAGAGCUAAAGGAGUGUACAUAAAGAUGUUAAUAAUGAGAUGAUGAAAUAAACAGCACCUUAUUAUAAAA